UUUACUCAGCUGUUCCUGUGUUUGGAUGAGAGAAAAACACUCUUCAACUCUCUUACACUCAUCUCCUCCCGCGUCACAAUUUCCCACGUUUCAUGGCACACCAGCUUCUCAAAUUCAAUGAGGAUGUUCUUCAGCAACUGAGAAAUGGGAGUGCGAAAUUUGAGGUUGUUUCUUCCCCGGUUCCUUCAGUUGCUGCUCCUCCUAACAAUAACGCUAGCUUGUUUGGAAUUGGGAAUUGUAGCACUCUCUUUUUCGCUAGAAUUGCCCCGUCCUUUGGUGGACACUCUCCAGCUAUGAAGAAACUUGAGCGUUUUUCAGUUCAGAAGGUUACAGGGGAUGGACGUUGUCUGUUUCGUGCACUGGUCAAAGGAAUGGCUUACAAUAAGGGAACUGUUCUCAAUCAACGUGAGGAGAGAGAAAAUGCAGAUGAAUUACGAAUGGCUGUGAAAGAAGCUAUAUGUGAAAAUGAAGGUGAACGUAAUUUAUAUGAAGAAGCCCUCAUUGCCAUCACAGUUGAUGAGCCCCUAAAACGUUACUGCCAACGCAUUGUGCGAUCUGAUUUCUGGGGAGGAGAAUCGGAGCUACUGGUACUGUCAAAGUUAUGCAAGCAGCCAAUCAUUGUGUACAUUCCGGAGCAUGAGCAUAGAGGCGGUGGUUUUGGAUCUGGUUUCAUUAUUGCAGAGUAUGGAAGUGAAUUUAGGAAGGGUUCAAGCAGAAAAGCUGUGAGACUAUUGUACAGUGGUAAGAACCAUUAUGAUCUUUUGGUCUGAGGAUCUUCAUUACCGAAGGAGAAGGAAGAAAAUUAGUGGUAGAUUACAAAUGUGAAUGUUAUAUUUAUGUCAUUCUUUUGAGUUAACAACUAGUGCACUUGCGCUUAUUGUAUAAAGACUUGGCUUCGACACAUUCUCAUGUCCGGAUAUCGCAGAGCUUCCUUUAUUUUCUCCAAUGAUAACUCUACCACUGUUCAUACUUGUAUUCAC